AUGCCAAAGCCGAACAUGUCGUCCAUUCCAUCCACCGAUGCCGAGUGGACCGCGGCGAUUUCAUCGUUGAAAGAGCGUGGACCUGAGAGGCCAUUGUCGCCGCCUGCAUGCCCUCUCCACAUCCAGGCCAUGAUCGACCACACCCUAUUGAAAGUGCCAACCGAGCCAGAACAAAUCGACGUCCUUUGCCAGGAAGCUCGAGAAAACGGCUUUGCGACUGUCUGCGUCCGACUCAAUUUUGUGGCCCAAGCUGCCACUAACCUGAAGAAUACGCCAAAUGUCGGGGUAGCUUGUGUGGUGGGGUUCCAUGAGGGUACCUACGAUACACAAGACAAAGUGAAAGAAGCACUCGAAGCGGUCGCUCAGGGGGCCAGGGAACUGGAUAUGGUCAUCAACUACCCGAAGCUGAAGAACGGUGAAUACACCGCCGUCUACAAUGACAUUCUCGCGGUACGCAGAGCCGCGCCAGCGCCUGUUCUCCUCAAAGCAAUUAUCGAGGCAUCGGAGCUCGAUAGGGACCAGAUCAUUGCUGCAACUAUCAUCAGCUGCAUGGCUGGAGUCGACUACGUGAAGACCAGUACUGGGUAUAAGGGUCCCGCAACUAUGGAUCAUAUCAUGACUAUGCGAAUUGCCGCUGAGGCGGCCGGCUACCCCAACAUCGGAAUUAAGGCGAGCGGUGGUAUUCGCAAUGCGAGGGAUGCUCUGCGCAUGGUGAAGGCUGGUGCUACGCGGAUCGGGGCUAGUGCGGGAGUCAGUAUCGCGCGCGAACUUGAGGACGGAGAGAUUACGGAGCAAGGAGCUAGCCAUGCUGUUUACUAG